UUGUGAAUAUUUUUGUUCCCGUAACUCGACGAACCGUUUUCUAUAUGUUCUUCUCCUUUUUUUUAUUUUGCGUCAGCAUGGUCGCUUUAAUUACUACGCUCACCUUCACGCAGAGACUAAUGCAAAUGGCCUGGGAAGUCAGGACUUUUACAACUUCUUGGCAAAGCUUGUUUUGCACCAUGAAGACUACCUAAACACAAAACAAUGGAAAUAGGUUUUAGUAACUUGGCCUCGGUGCCGAAUAAUCACUUCAGACAUUUCACAUUAGAGUUCGAUGUACAAGAAAACCAGACCGACAGCCAAUGGGCCGAUUGUGCACAUGGUACAUCUGUAUCAAAACACGACCCAGCAUCAGCUGACGACGGGAUUGAUGUUGUUAGUGCAGACGGAGAAAACUAUGUCACUGCAACCACGAUGUUGAAUGUGGAGGAAGACGAUAAUCUAGAGGAAUCUCCUCUAAGCUACGAAUUACAACAAGGAUAUCGCAUAUUGAGAGAGCUUAUGACAGAUUCUAUUAAAUCGGUGAAUUGGCCCUUCAUGUACCGUGUGGAUGAUUCGUACCCGGAGACGCACGAUUAUUAUGAACGCGUCCAGAAACCUAUGUGGCUUAUGCGGAUGAAAGACAAAUUUGAACAACGAAGUUAUAGCAGUAUCACAGAAUUUGUGGCUGACUUCAGACUUAUGCUUGAAAAUUGCUACCGCUACAAUGGACCAGAUCACUACAUUUCUAAAAGAGGUCAAAAACUGGAAACUAUGCUUGAGCAAAAACUUGCUCUUCUGUCUAGAGAACUGAGGGCUAAGACAACAAUUGCAGCAACAACUGGAAAGGCAUCUGAUGAUGACUUUCUCUCUUCUGGCUUAAGGAGAAGACCAAAAACAUUUAUACCACACGACUCUUCAGCUCUUCUAAGUCAGUUACGUAGCGAAGAAGCUCAGCGCGAAAGAGAACAGCGUCGUCAGCUGAUUGCUGACAGGAAGGCAGCAAAUGAAGCCGUACAGCAUGAAAUUCUUGAAUGGGAGGAUUCCCUUUUGGCAGAACCUAUUAAAACACACAUGUUGCACUCAUGGGAGCUGCCACAGAUUGGUCUUUUCUUGUUUCUGUGUCAAGAGGUGUUAAACUUGGGAGAGGUGUCACUAUUUGAACUUGAACGAUGUUUGGCUAUGCCACGCCAAAGCACAACAUUGCAGUACAUUAUGACAUCACUCCUUUCUACACCAUCUCAGAGGAUGAAAAUUGACAAGAAGUCUGUAAUGCCUUACCGAGUUUGGACACAAAAGUUGACCAAAAAGAUGGACAUCUGGUAUAAAAUGCUGGAGGACUGUAAUGGUGAUAAGGGCAAGGCAGCAUAUAAAUUGGGUUUUGAUCCAUGCAGCUUUGACAUGUUGGGCUUGAAAAAUCCACUGAGAAGGAGAGCAUUCCACAAGAACAAUUUCUAUCGUAGAAUAUGGAUCCUAAAGUGCCUUUGUGAUCAUUGUUUGGAAACCCAGGAGUCUCUCAGAAAUGCUAUUGAAGCCCAGCCACCUGAGGACCAGCGAGAGUACAUUUUAGGAAAUGAUGCUAAAGGGUGUCUGUAUCUUCACUUUCCACAGUUCUGUGGAGCAGAUUUGCGUAUUUAUCGCCAGCAAAAGCCACCAGAUUUAAGCUUCAGCAGUGAUGAAGAUGAUGAUGUGUCAGCUAAAGUUGAAAGUGAGAAGUCACGAGUGGAAAGUAGCUUUUCUUCUAAGGGCAUACACAAAGGCAAUAGCUCUCUUAUCUCUUCACCUGAACCAAGGGAAAAUGGGAAGAAGGUGAAGAAAAGGGCCACAAGACACCCUCCAAUGCCAGAACAGUCAUCUCCAGAGCUUGCCACAGCAUUAUGGCUCACUGGAACAGAAAACAGGAUUCGCAAAACGAGGAACAGUGUGGAGGCAAGUCUUCCAUUUAUUCUAGGAAAUCAAACCUCCACAAAUGGAUCCUGGCCAAAUAAGAGGUCUAAAAUGGCUAACAGCUCUGUGAGUGAGUCCUCUGAUAAAAGUUGCAGCAACCCUGAUGUGUAUGACGUCAAGGAAGAGAAGGUAGCUGGAGACAGUAUUAAGUGUGAAAGCAGAGACAGCUGCCACACCUUAGUAGAUGAAUUCGUUGGUUGUGAUUCAAAAGCUAAAUCUUUCAUGAAUGCAAGCAGUUCCAGAACUGAGCAUGGGGAAUCAAAAGAAAGCAUUGACUUCUUAGCUGCAAGGAAGAGCCAGCUCUGUUACAUUCCAAAACCUGUUGAGGAAGAAUGUGCAGGUGACUCUUUGACAUCAGCUCUUGAACUCAGUUCCCUUGCCUGUGAUAUAAAGAGAGAAAAUGCAGUUAUCUUCUCAAGAUCUAAUUGUGAUAGUUCAAACAUCAGUGAAGUACCAGCAAGAACUAGCAGCAGUAGCCAGAAAACGUCAGCAUCCUCCACCAACAGUGCCCAUGAAAAAGAGUCUGUGAUAAACAACCAUGCAAUGUUCUGCAACGUAGACUUGAUGUCACAUACAACUUUAAAGGAAUCAGAUGACGGGGCAAGUAGAGACAUGGAAAGCAGUGUUAGGUCUGCUUUGUUGGAUCAUGUGAGUUACAGCAUGUCAGCGGCUAGUGGAAAGAAGCCUGCAGGAAAAGAUGACAUAUUAGAAGAGGAUGAAGAGGACAAUAACGAAAUUGGUCCAGAUCUGGAUGAGUUUGAGCUUAUUGUGGACAGUGUGGAGGGACUACAAGAGCUAAUUCAACAAUUUGCAGAGCCUCAGCUUCCCCCUCCUUCCAGACACAUCUCGAAAGGCCAGAAAACAAAGGUUCAUACUUCUGAAACAAAAGACAUGAGUGAUUCAGAGCUGUUUGAUCUAUGUGAUUUUGAUGACAACUGUAAAGAAGAAUCCACAAAUGCAAAAAGGGAUAGAGUUAUGUCAAAGCCUCCUCAGCGUAAACCUUGUGAAGUGGCAUUGCAUGAGCGCCUUGCUCUUCUGCUUAAAGAACUGCAGCCAUGGGAGUCUAAAUUGGUGCAAGCAUCACGUCGCAUGCGCAUCAAGAUACGCCGAGAAUUUGAAGACUUUAAGGAAGAGCCAUUGGAGGAAGCAGAGGGGGAUGGUUGGGAGACGGAGACAGAGGUGCAGUCUUCAGAAGAGGCAGGGGAGGGAGAUUCCUCAGGAGAAGAUGAUACGGAAUCCAGAGAUUCUCAGGAUCAACAUCGUCUACAUGCUACUACUGCUUUGUCUUCAGCUAAAAAGAAAGGACCAUCGGCUACUCCAUCUACAGCUAGUGACUUGACUGAGGCAGAGCAGAGAGAUGUGGAGGAGUAUGAACUGGAUGUGAGCUCCCGGGGUAGGCUGAGGAAGCGCAGGCAUCCCAACAAUGUGGAGGAUCAAGGCAUAAAGAAGAGGAAAAUCACAAAGAAAAUAGAAGAAACCGCAUCUGCAUCCUCAGUUCAUGUUCCAAAUAUCCUACAGAAAGCUCAGAUUGGAAAGCCUCUGGCAUUGUCAGCCCCUGAACUCGCUAGUAAAAUGGCCCUUUCGUCAUCCCAGACUAUGCAGACAGCUAUGGCUGUAGAAAAUUCUCAUCUUGAGAACAUAGUCAUAUCACAAGGCUUCCAGCAUAUGCAGAGUUCGUCCCACUCAACUGUGGUACAUCCCGAAGCAACUGCUGCAGGAGCUGGUGCAGCUAAACAAAACUCCCACCCUGAAAUUCAGAAACUGCUGUCAGUGCGAAGACCAAUUGUGCGAGAUCGCUAUGCUCCAUAUAAGAUGGUGCAAAAAAGUGCAGCAGAGGGGUCCACAGUGGUUUUACAAAAUGACAUGUCACCAUGCAACACCUCUGUCCUUGCUCAAGGAGCAGGUGCCAAAGGCAUCUCGAUAACUGUCAGCUCAAGUAAUGCAGACCAGGCUUCUUCUUUAGCAAAACUUUCUCCACUUAGCACAACCAGAGCUACAAAAGGGGCAAGCAACCAUCCGGGAGCAACAAUGGUGGUAGGGUUGGUUGGAGGCAAACCACAUCUUGUCAACUUGAGUAGCCUGCCACCUAGUGUUCUGCAGCAGCUCAUUCGCACUAACUCACUGCGACUUCAGGCUUUCAGUACAUCAUCUACAUCACAGAACUGCACCACAACAUUAGCAGUAUCAAAGCCACCUAAGAGUGUCUGCUCCAUCGCCAGUAGUAGCCUAAAUCCAACACCAGCCCUAUCCACUACAGCAGCAGUUACCUGUGGUCAGCCUUCGCUUUCUUCCACUCCAGUGGGUAGAGGACCACUUAAAGUUGGUGCUCAGCAGACAGGCACUUUGGUUCUGAAGGAAGUUACUCCUGGGGCAAAUCUCAUGCCAGUCAGAAUGCAGGGUGUGCCAAAGGUUAUAGGUUCUGCAAAGACACUGCAAGGACUUGCCAUUAGUGUCACAUCAGGUGCAGAAGCUCCAGGCAACUCUGCAUUAGUUGCUGCAUCAUCUGUUCGACCACAUGUUUCAUUGCUGGGCUCUCCUGGACGACAGGCACAGAGAUAUGCUGGAAAUGUAACUGUGAGGACCUUGCUUGAAAACAGAGCUGGUCGUAAGCCUUCUGAUGACACCAGCCCUGAAAAGCAAGAGUCUUUAGAUGAGCCGCAGUCUCCAGUUGAUAAAGAUACUCAAGGAGCUGAACAUUUGGCAACCACUCAAGAAGUCACAAUGCUGGCAUCCCUUGGCACCAGCAUUUCUUCCAUUACAACUGUGUCUGUUACCCCUGUGGCUUCAUCUUUGUUGGCCACUAGUCCUCCAUUGACAACUUCAGUCACCAUGGCAGUGAUAGGCGGAAGCAUUCCAUCUGGACUUCUUACAAAGACUGUGCCUGGUGUAAUACGGCUGCCAAGUCAAUCAACCCUUGACUGUGCCGUGAGAAGCGUGAUCACUCCCUGUAUGACGACGCUGCCAACAGCCAACAUUAAAGUGCCUUCUCCCACAACACUUCCAAACUUAUCGCCACGAAAAAAUGUGACCAAAACUGUGCAAAGCAUGAAAGCACCCAUUCCUAUCACUACAAGAAUCAAUUCCAGGCUCGAAGAGCCGACAUCCCUGGUCACACCAACAUCCUCAGGGGGUAGCAAUGCUAGUGGGUUUUCAGGUAGUGGGGUUGUCAUACCAGGGAUUCAGAGUGUUGGAACUUUAUCCACUAUGACUACGAGCUCCUUGCCUGCUAUCCCAGGUGCAGUAGUUGUACAAACAGGAAAUGAAGGCGCCUUAUUAGAGUCUACUGACCAGAAGCAGGUUUUAGUUAGGGUUAUGCCUCAAGGUGCUGCAGGCUCCCACGCUUUUGUCCAAGGCAUUGCUACUUCGCAGGGAAUUGUUCUGCCCCAGACAGCCAUUUUGAAAGUGAUACAGCCACAGUUAACUUCACUGGAUACAUCUAGAGAUGCCCAACCAGCCAUUCAGGGGCAGCAACUGCCUUCUAGUCCUGUUAAAGUUGCAGCUUCAUCUACAUUACCCCUGGGUGCACCAGCAGCGACUGUUCAGGGGUCUCUCGGCAAUACCAUCACAACAAACAAAACUACAGCAGAAGUCAUUAGAACCAUGCUGGCAGCCAAAACUUCCUCAGCAUCACCAGUCACUCCACUUUCAGUCAUAACAACACAAGCAGCCAGUGAUUACAUAGUUGUUGGUCCACAGGGUUCCCAGAACACUACCAGGCUUCUGAUGCAAGCUCCAUUAUCUUCAGUCACUGCUGGUAUAAGUUCUGGGCCUUCAUCAAUGAGUGCCACACCCUCUUCAGUCACAUCCCCUACACUGACUGUCCAACAACAAGGAGCAGAAACACAAGGCCAGGUAGGGACCCACAUCAUUACUACUCAGCUUACAAAUCUGGGGAACACACAAGGACCAUCAGUGCCAGGGGCUGGUGCUGUGCGACAGAUUCACUUACCUGUGGGACAGGUCAGCAGGCUGCUGUCUGGCAUUCAAGUGACAGGCCUGCCUCUAACUCCUCAGCAGAACCAAGUGGGAGUGAGACUUGUCGGCCAGCCUGUGAUGCCACCGAAGACGGAAAAGGUCAUGGCAACUUCCUUACCAACAGGUUUGCAGAUACGAGGUUUGACUGGCCCAUCUGUGGUGCACCUAGUUUCCCCUGGACAAGCAGCUUCAGGCUCAUCACAGCCUGUUGUUGCAACCCUGCAAGCAGGAACAAGUGGAGUUGUGGGUUUGCAGCAGCUCCAGCUUCUGCCAUCGGUGAGUGGCUUUCAGAAGGUGCAUGUUAUUUCUCCACAGCAGGCUCAGAUGAUCACCGUUAAUCAGCUGGCUGCUACAUCAACCGUAGCAGGACAUCAGGUCAGAAUGGCAAUUCCUCCAGGUCAUAGCUCUGGACAGAUGACUCAGGGGUCUGCAGCACCCAUUAAAGGUCCAGGGAGUGAUAAAGUCGAUGGGCUUACCUUGCCAGGUGCCACGUGUAUGAAACUUCAGGCUGUUGGGCCAACAUCAUCAGGCCAGGUACAACAGGGACUCACACAGGUUUGUCUGAAGGUUCAGCCUGCACUUGUUCCUGGAUCAUCUGUCACUCCAGCAGUUCUUGGAAAGCCUAACUCCAUGCAGGCAUCCGGAGUUAAGAUGGUUCCCCCCAAAUCAGCCAGCAGCGAUCCAGCAACGCCUGUUGUCACUAUUUCUUCAGCAGUUUCACCUGUUGUCACCAUUACCUCAAGUGUCUCACCUUUGUCUGUUCCCUCCUCAACAGUUCCAUCCAGCUCAAAGGCAGCUGCCUCUUCAUCUGUAACCUGGUGUGGGACUCUCCCCAGCUCUAAUCUGUCAUCAAAUAGUGGGUCAAUUCUGACACCUAAAACAGUUGUGGCAGCAGUGGUGAAUCCUACAUUGAUUGUCAGUGGGCAAGCUCAACCCCGUCCAGCAACUCCUGCCAGUACCACUGUUCACUCAGUAAACUCACAUCAAGCCUCAGUGAAAUCCUUGCUUGGUCACCCUGUCAUUCCAACCGUUGCCACCCGAUUCCAGAUGACUAUCACCCCUGACCCUAAAACGGGUCAUUUGACUGUCAGACCUCAGCUUUUACCAUCUGCUGUAGCAUUAAAGAGUGCACAAAACAUGGGAACGUUAGAAUUAUCAUCUUCAACUGCAGAAAUGUCUUCCUCUGGGUGCCCCUCGAGCGGCAUGCAAGCUGCUGAAGAAGGUAUGGAAGGGGAAAUGGGUGCCACUGAAAGGCUCAGUGCCAACUCUGAGCACCUGCAAAAGGGUGGCCUCACCAUCAGUGCAUUAGGAGAUGGGCCAGGUGGCUUGUCAGGAGCUGUGUUGGCCAGCCUGAGCCAGAUGGUUGGUGCCAAGAUUGCCAGGCAGACAGGUUCAACUCUGUCUGCACAGGACAGUAACAUUCAGGGCAUUGUUAGUGCAGCAUUUAAAAUGGCCCAAGCACCAAUGUCCCCAGCUAACCAGAUUCAGGAAUCUAGUCAGGCCUUGAUAAGUCUGGCAUCCCAUACUGCCUUGCAACAACAGCAACAGCAGCAGCCACAGACCUUGGUGAUGAAAGCUGUACCCAAACAGAUCAACAUUCCUGUCACUGUCAGCAGUGGCAUAUACAGAGUUCUGCCCAAGACUACACCUCAGCAGGAUGGUAAUCAAGCAAUGGCACUGACCCCAUCCAACAGCAUGGUCCAGUCCCUGAAAGAUCCAGUGACAGUGAAAGUCAUGGUCAGCAAAGCUAAUGGAGAUCAAAAGCCGUUAACAGUUGGUUCGUUUACUGAGCAGCAGCAUGAUGAAACUGGCAACAAAGCUAGCAGUCUGUUCCCUUCUUCACUAAGUGACUCAGUGUUAGUUCAUUCCUCAUUUCUCAGCCACUUGGAUAGUGACAUGCAAACUCAUGUUGAGGGGAAGCAGAGCUCCAAAGCCACUUCUGACACAGUUGUCAGUAUAACCUUUGAUCAGUCAUCAAGGGAGCGGAGAAAUGCAGUUGGGGCACAGACUGGUGUUGGUCAUUUGCAAAGAACCACUUUGGGCAGCAACACUUAUGUAGCUGAAUCACUUUCAGCUGGAACUUCAGUUUCCACACUAGGUGCUCCCUUGGUGAAUUUGAUAAAUGGUGCACCAUCUGAGGCUGUAACUAAAAGCAUGGAGCAAACACUUAACAGUGAUGCUACAGUAGUCAGUGGCACCACAGGUGGUCAAGAACUUGAGGAGGUCAGCAGCAAGAACUCAAAUGUUAGUGGUGACAUUCUGAUGGAGAAAGAACAGGCAGCUCUUAACCUUCUAACACUCGCAAAUCAAUUUCAUUUGAACUGAGAUAGUACUGUUUGGAGAAGACUGCUGGGGAGAGGGUGGGCAUUAAAUUCUGUAUGUCUCUUAAACUUUCAUACCUCGAUUGUAUUUGGUGUUUGUGUUUUGUUUGCAAGUUCGGUUUCCAAAUAGUACGUAUUUUGUUCCUCCUUACAUUCUCUCUCUUUCACACACAUAUACUUAGUCGCUGCAUUUGUGAAACAGAAUUUUGUCUGUAUUGGUAGAAUGCCGGUUGUAUCUUGCAUAAUGAAAAGUGCAGUGCUUGAAAAAUUGAGGGUGCUAGGAGCUUGCUCAUUGUGCUGUGUUACGUUAAGCCACCUUUCUCCUCCCAGUCACUUAUUUUUCCAACCACAUUUUUGCUUUCUUUCUGGUACAAUUAAUAGGGGAUGAAUGAUAGAUGCAAAGUAUUAAUACAGUAAAACCUCCCUAUUAAGAUUCCUAAAAUCCAUGAAUAUCAGGUCAUAACUAAGAAGGGUGGUAGUUGGGAAAUCAACCAAUCUGAUUUAAUUUUAAAACUUCAAGCAUGUAUAUAUUCAUUUAUUUAAAUGUUAAAAGCAUUUAAAAACCCUAUCAUAAUAUCAAUUUGACUUUUGAUUUUAGAACAAUGUGGUCUCUGCCAUUUUCACUUUCGCGUGGUCAUACCGACUUAUUCUGCCAUUGUGCUUCACUGAAAAUUUAUGGGGAAACUAACUCUCCAGGUAAGCACAAUCAAUACACAAGUGCUGUGGUAGACAAUGACAAUCUUUUUAAGUACACCAAAAGUCAAAUCUUCAUUUUCUUCUCAUCUAACUGUUGCAGAAAGUAUUAGUCAUAGGGGGGACAUGCUGGGCACAGUAGAGGUGAAUUUAUGCCAGUGGGGCCAGUCUUGCACCUACAUGAGAAGCUCCUUCAAUGGACAGUCCAUCCACUGCUUCAUGUUAGACACCCAGCUUUGUUGUUGUUGUUUUGCUUACCACAGUGUUGACACUUUCAACAUACCCUUGGAGAACUGUCUUCAUCAGCAAUGUAUCACGUUGGACCACAUGACUCAACUACACCAACUUCUGCCGCUUGACAAUAGAGAGCAGAGGCUUUUGGGGACUCGACAACAGAUGACCAGGCUGCAGACAAAGUCAUUUGUCUUCUGCUUCCUGUAGGAGAUCUGAAGGAGUUUGAACACCUGGAUCCAUCACUUCAAAUCUGCGAGCGAGGUCCACGUCUCAGCCAUACAGCAUGAUAGACAUAGCAAGAGACUUGUAAAGCUAAAAUUUGGUGCAGAAGCUGACACUUUUGCUUAGCCUGGCCAUUGCCACUGUUGCUGCCAUGAUCCUGAGACAAAUAUCCACCCAGGUACUUGAAGGACCUUCUCCAGCUGUACCCCUUUCAUCUGGAUCUCUGCUUUGCUGGAUCUGGUAGUGUUCGCCAUGUUUUUUGCUCUUGUCUAUGCUGAUCUCUAUCGCAUACAUGUUUGCAUGGGGAGUUUGUCACUAAGGGUCUUUUACUCGCUUUUGCUGCCACCAAAAGAUUGAUGUCUGCAAAGUGGAGGUUACCGAGUGGCCUCUUCCCAGUACUAGAGAUGUAAUGGUGAUUUUCUGCAGGUAAAUGUUAAAUAACAUUGGUGAUAGAGGACAUCCCUGACUCACACCUACUGUUAUGGAAAAGAGCUUAGGAGUAUUGAACUCUUAGAGUCAUUCAGCACCUUGAUGGUGGGGAUAAGACCUUCCUCUGUAGUACAUUCUAUAGCCCCUUGUGCCACACUAUAUCAAAAGCAUUUUUGAAGUCGAUAAAGUUAUGGUAAGAGGUCCUUGCCAUGCUGCAGGUACUUUCCAACGAGAACUUGGCUGUUGAAGAUUUCUUCAACAAAAGUAAAAUUGACCCAUGCUAAAAAAUGUCCGAGCAGUGAGCUGUUUUAUAUUAACCAUAGGUCUGCAUAGAUAUUUAAUAAGAACCUCCAAACUUAAGAAUAAUGAAAACAAAGACUUUUAAAAAAAUAGAAUUUUUAAAAAAUCAUGUUUAUGCACCAUUGUGAGAUUUGUUCUCUGAAUGUGUAUUUCUAAGUGGCUAUUUUUGUUUAAUGACAUAGUGACCGAAGUUGUUCAAAUAACUCGUGGGUCUGUUGGUUAUAUUUGACAUUCAUAGCUAUUCAUGUCACUGGUGAUCAAUUCGUCUUUUGGGCCUGAAUCAAUGACACUUUCAGUGUUGGAGUGAUGUAUCCUUAUUUUGGAUAAUAUGGUCAUAGUAAAGUCAAUUUGAAUAAGGUGAGUGGUAGAUAUGACUAGAGCAACAUGGUUUGGAUUGAAAUGACUGGAGAACCAAUGAAUAGUCUCUUGAAAUAUUCUAAAUUUAUUUUAUAUUAUUUUUCCGGAAAGUCGUCCCAUUUGGCAAACACGAGGCCAAAAGCAGUCUAUUUUGAAAAGUACUUCAUAUUUUUCAGCAGGCAACUUUUGUUUAAAGAAAGGUCAUAAAGGAGCACAAACUGUCAGUCAUAAGUCAUGUUGAAGAGAUAGUCGUAAGAUACUACAUUUAUAAAAGCAAAAUACAUUUAUGAACAAGGGAUGUGUAUAGGUGGAUUGCUGUGUGCCAAGACCAAUGCUUAGCCUCUUGCAAAGUUCUGCGCUGCUAGUCUCGCGAGACUAAACAAAGAAUGUGACUAAACCGAAGCUUUGUAGUAUCACGCUCAUUUUAGUAAACUGGAAAAAAUUGUCUGCCAGCAGUCCAGUAAUGCAAGUUCGUGGUGAAACGUUUUGAGUUGUUUCUAAGAAGGGGUCAUAAUACUGAAGGUCUUAAUAAGGAGGUUUUACUGUACAAGGAAAAUAUGUCGUAAGAGCUUGGUUCACUUAAAUUUGUGUUUCAGAUUACCAUUAUUGUGUUUAGAGAAAAUGGUAAUGCAUAAAUCUGGAAUGUAAAACAUUCUAAUAUAUGUAUAAGACAGCAGGAUUAGCCAAUGCACUUUGUGUAGAUUUGUGUGAAUGUUCAUUGGACUGCAUUGCCAGAUUUCUACCCUAUUUCAUAUUUCUGGGAUUCAUGUCUUUACAUAGUCGGAAAUCCAUUUAUUAUAUCAAUUUCAAAAGAUGUAAUUGACAUGAAAUGUCUUAACACAAACUCCAUAUUACUCUUGAUGCUUGUUGUGAGAGAUGAAGUUCUGUAGCAUGACUGAGAAAAAUAUUAUACAUUAUCAGCCAGAUUGUGUGUACGUUUGACCCUGUGAUUGGUCGGGGAGAGAGCAGAAUGCAUAGGGGAGUGACAUCAUUAGAUUGUUAAAUAAUCCAUUGCACUUUUUUCCUCAUGUCUUUUGAAGCAGAUUAGCAAUGUUAUGUGUAUAUAUUUUUUUUUUUUUUAAAAAAAGGCUCAACAUUUACUGAUUUACUAUGAUUGAUUGCGAUACACUUAUGACUAGUUACGUUUAAAUCUGAAAUCCAUGCCUUUAAAAGUGGUGUAGUUUAAAUAGUAUGUAUGCUACAUUUAGAAUUCAUUGACCAUUGUGCUUUGCAUUAAGAGCCUUUGUUACUGUUUGUUGUUUUACUUAAUUUUUUUCUUAUGACAUUACCCCACCCCCCCCAAUCACUUUCUGAGAAAGGAAGCAGAAACGUUUUAUUAUUCUCUGUAGAAUCUGGGGCUUAUAAUCCCUGUAAGAGAAUAAGAACAGAAUGUUGUAGGCAAGUCAACUGGCAAUGUUUCUUUUGGUUUAUAUUCAUUCAGAUAAGUGUGAAAUACUAUCUAGCACUCAUUAUAGAUCUUUCACCUUCUGGGGGGAAAAUAUCAAGCGGCAGUUUACAUUUUGUAAAUAAUAAUGAAAAUAAAUUAUUUCACCAGAUUA